AUGCCCGAGACGCGGCGCCAGACCGACAAUGCCCUGAAAGCGGCGGCCGCCCGCCGCCACGGCUCCAAGGGCUGCAGCACCUGCACCAAGCGUCGCAUCCGCUGCGACCUGGGCCAGCCGACGUGCAAGAAAUGCGAGAAAAAGGGCCUGACGUGCCCCGGCUACGGGCCCCGGCUGCGCUGGGCCGGCGGCGUCGCCGUCCGCGGCAAGCUCAAGGGCCAGAACGUGCCGCUGCCGGGCCUCGCCGGCCGCUCGCCGGAGCCAGACUCUGACGAGACAGAGGGCAGCUCGGCCAGGCGAGGCUCAGCCCCGGCCUCGGCGACAUCGGCGGCAGCAGCACCAGCAGCAGCGUCGUCGGCCGCAGCGACGCCCGCCGCCGCGCCCACCACGACGGCGGGCCCCAGCAGCGAGACCGUCAUUGUGAGCCCCGCCAGCCUCGACAACACGCUGCGCAAGUCGGCCCGCGAGUUCAUCGAGUACUACGACAAGAACAUUGCCGGGCUCAUGGUCUGGUUCGACUCGGAGAACAACGACUACCGCAGCCGCGUCCUGCCCCGCGCCGCCAACACCCCCGGCCUGCGCCUCGCCGUCGCCGCCAUCUCGGCCCACCACGGCGGUCUCACCUUUGACCACGAGACGCCCCGCUUCUCCGAGGCCGCCCGAGACGCCUGUCUCAACCUCAUCCAGGAGCACGUCAAGGACAUGACGGGCCGCCUGACGGGCGGCUCCGAGCUCACCUCGCAGUCUGACAUUGCCGACGCCGAGUGGAUGCUGGCCGCGAUCCUCAUGAUUUCGACGUACGAAAUGGCGAAUGCGCAGACGGGCGCCGCCGAGAGCCACCGCAUGGCCGCCCGCACCAUCGCAAACGUCUUUGGCCACAACGCCCAGUGCUGCACCCGCGUGUUUGAUUUUUUGCGCAACCAGCUGGCCGUCCUCGACGUCAUGUCCACGUCGACGUCGUUUGACCUGGCCGACGUCGAGAACACGGUGCUCCCGCCGCCGAGCAUGGCCGACGGCCUGUUUGUGCGCUACCUGACCCUGGUCCACCAGGUGACGCUCGUUUCGCGUCGGCGCAUGUACGCCGUCGGCGACUUCAUGGCCGCCGCCGCCGACUUGACGCCCUCGGCCAUCCGCUCGCAGUUUGAGCAGGCCCGCGGCGCGACGCUGCUGGCUGCCGGCCGUCUGCAGAUGCAGCCGUCGGCUGUCGGCCGCGACUUUAUCCGCCUGGUCGACAUUUACCACCACGCGGGCGUCAUCUACGCCUAUCGCUGCCUCGGGCUCGUCGCCAUGGAGCACAUUGACCGCGAGGCGUCCAUGGUCAAGCUGUUUGAACAAUUCGCUGCGUUGGAGGACGCGACGCUGUGCGCGCAAAACCUGCCCUGGCCGGCCUUUGUCGCCGGCACCGAGUGCCACGGCGACCCGCGGCGGCAGGAGACUAUCGCUACGCUAUUCGAGACCAUCACCGAUGCCACCGGCUUCACCCACUUCCGCGACGUGCUCAAGUUUCUGCGCAUCUUUUGGGCGAGCGAGCACACCGACUGGCAGCCUCUCGGCCGCGACCUGCAGCAAAACGGGUUCCGCAUCCUUCCGCUGUGA